AUGAAUGUGUUCCUGACGGUAUCUCUCUGCUUGUGUGCAUUGGCAGUUGUCUCAGAUGGCGUUACGGUCAAGGUGGGAGACUAUUCAUUCCCCUUGGAGUCAGUGAAGAAGCUCAAGGAUUUUUCGAGUGCGCUCCCCGCCCAAAGGUCACGCAGCGCCGUUAGCGUGUGUGACAACCCAAAGCUGCCCGAGGAGUUCCAGGUGAUCUGCACCAGGCCUAAAGCACGACCACUGAUGGCACGAUUAGAGGCCAUUGCCAGAGACUCUGAAGUCUGUGAGAUCUGUGCCAACAUCGCUUGCUCCGGAUGCUGA